AAAAAAGGAUUUUUAUUUCGAAAUUGUGGGUCCAAUAUGGCCCCCACGUUAUUUCACAAACUUUUUAACAAAAGAAAUGCAUUUUCACCGCCCGCGAAAUGCAGCAAAGAGGAUGCGGUGUUCAGAUUUCCAUUUGACACAUGAACAGUUCAGUGCUAUUCUUAGCAGUGCUCUCUGGUGAGGAAGAGUGAGACCAGGGCUAGGGGAGGAUGGGAAAGGACAAUGGCAGAAUCACAAAGAUGCCAAGCUGGUCCUCCCCAGAGCUGGAGCCAAGUCAGAUCCGCCUCAUUGUCUACCAGGACUGCGAGCGGCGUGGAAGGAACGUUCUUUUUGACUCUGAUGCCAGAAAGCGAAGCAUAGAAGACGCCCCUGGCACGAGGGUGUGUGGAGAGGCUCAGGCAAAGAUGUUUGGCAAGUGUUGUCAGCUGAGGCCUACAGGGGGUAGCUCCAGUUCCCUGGACAGCAGCUCAUCCUGCACAUCAGAGCCCAAAGAACAAAGCCGCUUUCAGGGCUCAUCACGGUGCUCAUCAGAUGCUAACAUGCUCGGGGAAAUGAUGUUCGGCUCUGUGGCUAUGAGCUACAAAGGCUCAACACUCAAGAUCCAUCAAAUAAGAUCUCCCCCACAGCUAAUGCUCAGCAAAGUGUUUACAGCACGGACGGGCGGCAGUGUCUAUGGCAGCCUCAACACACUGCAGGACAGUUUGGAGUUCAUCAAUCAGGACUCAAAUGCGCUCAGACCAGACCAGAACACUCUGGCCAACAACCUCCUGGGGAACAUAGGUUUCUCUCAGCUCUGCAGCCCACGCCGGGCGCUCUCAGAGCAGGGCCCUCUCCGCCUCAUCAAGAGCGCCUCUUUCUUUUCAGGCCACAGUAACCCUAUGGACAUGCCUGGCAGAGGACUAUCCGAUGAGAGAGACAGUGGCAUUGCACGCUCAGCGUCUUUGAGCAGUCUGUUGAUCACCCCCUUCCCAUCCCCGGGCUCCUCUCUCACCAGUAGCUGUGCCAGUAGCUACCAACGGCGCUGGUUGCGCAGCCAAACCACCAGCCUAGAGAAUGGCGUCUUCCCCCGAUGGUCUGUGGAGGAGAGCUUCAACAUGUCUGAUGAAAACAGUGGGCCGAGCCUGGGUGUCAUGAGGAAAAAAAAGAUCGCUAUUGGCAUCAUCUUUCUUCUCUCACCUAAUGAGGAGGAAAAUGCCAAAUUCCAGGACUACUUCUUCUCACAUUUUCCACUUUUUGAGAGCCACAUGAACAAACUCAAAAGUGCUAUUGAACAGGCUAUGAUUCUGAGUCGCAGGUCAGCAGAUGCCAGUCAGAGAGCUUUGGCUUACAGUCGAAUGGUGGACGGCCUUAAUGAAUUUAGGACGACCAUCUGCAACCUGUACACCAUGCCACGUGUGUCUGAGCCCGUCUGGCUCACCAUGAUGUCUGGUCCACCCGAGAAGAACCAGCUCUGUGGCCACUUCAUGAGGGAGCUUGCACUGCUCAUGGAACAAGCCUCCAGGAACCAAUUUCUCCCAGCACUUCUCACAGCAGUUCUCACCAAUCAUCUUGCCUGGGUACCCACGGUCAUGCCCAACGGUCAACCACCCAUUAAGACCUUCCUGGAGAAGCACUCCUCUCAGAGUGUGGACAUGCUGGCAAAAACACAUCCAUACAACCCACUGUGGGCACAACUUGGUGAUCUGUAUGGGGCGAUCGGUUCACCUGUGCGUCUCUCCCGUACGGUGGUUGUUGGUCGACGGCAGGAGCUGGUACAGCGUCUUCUGUACGUGCUGACCUAUUUCAUCCGCUGCUCAGAGUUACUGGAAAAACACCUGCUGGAGAGCGCUGAGGACGAGGCCAUCGUGAUGCCCGGCUCGCUCAUCACCACAUCACUGCGCCGUGGAGAGGUGGAGGAAUCCGACUACGUGCUGGUCACUGUGCACAAGCCUAGCCAAGACUACCUGUCCCAGGGAGCAGAGACAGAGGAUGGCUACCCCUCUGAUGAGAACAGCUUACAGAGCAGCACUUGCACAGAUACAGAGGCCCCAGAAGAUCGCAAGCAUCUGUGUCCUGUUAUACCGGUCAUCAAGGCGGACACUGUCAGUGAUGCACCUGUCUGCAGAGAGGCAGGAAGCCCGCGGCUUGAGACUCGACUGGAAACUGUGGUAAGGGUCAGCUCCACCUCGCCGUGCGAGAGAGGAGCCUUGCUUGAAGUUCAAGGGGACGUGCAGUCAGAGGUAGAAGCGGGUGGUGUGCCCAUCAAGAUCUUCCAUUCGUCAGACAUCCUGCUGGAGAAGAAGCCUCCUGACAAGUUUUCAGUGCUCACAAACUUUCAUCCAGAUGAGAACGAACCUUCUGCUAAAGUCAAGUUCCUCAUUGGUGAUUCCAUGUCUCCUGAAUCUGACAUGGAGAGUCGACAACAAAAGGUGGAGAAGGAGAUCAAGAGACACAAGGAUCUCCUAAAAAAUGCCCAGCAGACUGAGGCCAAGGCCCAGACUAAACCUCAAGGGGACCAAAUAAAGACCAACGAUGGCAAGACUACCUUGUUUGUACCGGCCCUAACAAGGAAAAUGUCUAAUUGGAGCCCAUUUACACAAGGGGACUGUAUGGAAAUGUUUGAUGAGUAUUUUAAUGAAGACAAUCCUGUGGAAACGAGGACUAUUGAUAUCUACCAAGCGCCAGUACAAAAAGGGAUGAAUGAUGCAGGAAAAGACACACAAAACCUGCAAGGAUCCCAGCGGUGUCACCAAGUCAGGGUGCUUGAACAAACCUUUGAGCACAUGGACAAGGACAGGUGUAGGUGUAAUGCAGGAGAUCUCAGCACAGGCUGCUGUAGAACCUGCUGUUCUGCUGAGCAGGACAAGGGUAUAGAGAUAUCACUGAGUGAGCCAGUGGGUAAAAUGUCAGGGAAAGGUAAUGUCGGGGACCAAAAGAAGGCAGUUCCACUGAAUGACUGGGAAAUCCCACGCAAUGAGAGCUCUGACAGCGCACUGGGGGACAGCGAAAGCGAGGACGUGGGACAAGAGCUGCCGAGGCAAGAGCAUGAUGGACAGUUCUACAACGAAGAGCAGGCCGACUGGCAAGAUGAACUGGAAGUGCCCUUACCAGGGGCAAAGCUGGUCGAGAACUACUCUAAACCAAGUAUUGCCAACUUUGGGAGGUCUUUGUUUGGUGGAUACUGUCCUACGUAUGUCCCUGACUUUGUUCUGCAUGGAACCCCCAAUGAUGAAAAGCUGAGGCAGAAUAUCGUGUCCGACUUGGCCCAUGCUGUGCAGCAUCCUGUGUUGGAUGAGCCUAUUGCCGAGGCCGUCUGCAUUAUCGCAGACACUGAAAAGUGGACAGUGCAGGUGGCCAGUAGUCAGAGACGAUCCUCUGACAAGCUAGGCAAAGAAGUGCUUGUGUCCAACCUCGUGUCCAACCUGCUCCAAUCUACAUAUCAGCUCUAUCGACUCAACCUGUCACCAAACUUUUGUAUAAUGCAUCUAGAAGACCGACUCCAGGAAAUGUAUUUCAAGAGCAAAAUGCUGGCCGAGUACUUGAAAGGACAGACUAGAGUGCACGUGAAAGAGCUGGGCAUGGUACUAGGGAUUGAGUCUAAUGACCUGCCCCUGCUCGCGGCUAUCGCAAGCACUCACUCGCCAUAUGUUGCUCAGAUUCUCCUGUAAGCGCCACAGAGAGUGAGAGACUCUCCAUUCCUCCGCCAGCAGCAGGGCAGUGCACUCCAGGCCUCCACUCCCUAGCUUGAGCACCUUAAAGCCCACUGGGACAAUAAACGGGGGGCUUCCAAGCUAGUGUUAGCCUUCAUUGCCUCCUGUGGGAACAGUCUCAGGGUCAGCAGACUGCAGGACUGAAGCUUUGCCAUUAGUUGGCAGCACAACUGUAUGCUGCCAUGUUUUGGCAGUAAUGGAGGAAGCCCAUAGACUCCUGAAAAGUAACAUGGGAAUAUCACUUUUUGAACUUUUAAAGUGAUAAUAGACACAUGGAUUAUAUUUUUAUUCAUGUUCAUAUUUUGUUUGUUUGUUAGUUCCCCCCACCCACUAAGAAUAUAGAAGCCAAAGACAUUCAUGCAUCCAUCCAUGCAUACUGUAAUUCCAAAUACUAAAGCAUUUAUGAACUUCAUUGCACCUUCUUUAAAACAACAUCAGAAGUGACGACUGUUACUGACUUCUUAUAGAAUCAGUUUUGUGAUUUUAAAUUACUAUCAUAGACGAUUCUCGAAUGAUCAUGACAGAGAUUAUCAAGUAAUAUUCCUCAUUGUAUUUACAAGUGAGCUAGCCCCAAUUUGUCCUCCUUUACAGGUCCAGUGAAAAUGAGCUCUGCCUCAAUCCUUCAAUAUCACACAUACUUUACUAACAUGCUAAAUGAAACUUUUGAGGGAUAAUUUUCCAUUUUAUUUGUCAUUCACAUAAUGACAAAAUUGUGGCAAUGUGGCAUGAUUACUCACAAACGUGCUCUGAGAAUUCAAAUAUUUGUAAAAAACUUGGGCAGAGACAGAUGACCAACAUCUUAAUGUUGCAAUAGAAUGAAAUGAUUAAGGGGUGUUUUUUAAAUUAUUUGUAUGUGCAUUGGGACACAAUAUGCUGUGUGAUGCAACAUCAAAAAGGAUGAGAAUUCAUUUGGUAUCGAGACACUCUCUACAUUUGAUUUGUGCUGGACCUUUUAAGUAGUGAUUCAAGGACAUGCAAAAAUCAUCUUUUAAUUUCAGAUUUGCAAUGGCUCUUCUUAGCUUGCAACAAGAUUGUUUACUUCUGAAAUGUCUGGAAGAAAUGGAAAGUAUGUCCAGCUAAUCAUGCUGUACUUGGACAGAAAAAGAUAAAGACGGAAAUGCAUUGAUUUAAUGUAAGCAUCCAUUUCAAACGGAUUUGUUUUAUACAGUUACUUGUAUUAACUGUUGCAUAGAUGUUGAUGAUUGGAUGUCUUUGUAUCAAUACAUGCAUCUAAGUCUUAAUUGACAUGACAUGAAAAAAUGGCUUUGCUGGUUAUUUGUGCUGAUUUAAAUGUGUAGGAGAUGCUUCUGCAGGAAACUUACUGUUAGUUUAAUUUUGUAAAUAGAAUAUCUGUAUCCAUUUGUCUUCUCCAAUAUAUCUACAGUAUUUAUAUAUCAUAAUUUCUUUAUACAAAAAUAAAUUUAAAUUAUUUACUUGGCAUGCAUUGGUAAAUUGUAAAUUGUAUAUACUGCUUAGAUUUUUUCUCAAUUUGUACAUAAUGUCUCUCUUUGUGACCUUUUCUUUAUGUUUCCCAAUUUUUAUGGGAAUAUUGUGCAAUAAAUAUGACAAUAUUACAAA